UCUUUGUCCAUUUGUAUGUUACGGAUACCUCUUUCAGAGGGCUUUUUCCCAACCAAAAAAAGCGCACACUUACACUGGAAGUAUUUUUGUUGCUUUAUAGAUCGAAAAUCGAGUAACUAGCCGUCGAUCGUCAACACAUCUCAGACGUAUCCUUAUGCUUCAACAAGCAAAUUGAAUGAUCUACGUGUUUUGCAGCUCAACUUUGGACCUUCAAAAGCUAUUGCGAAAGAUUUGACUAUCAUAUCAAACCAUGUUCCGGUUCACGAAUGGGUCCACACCAGCUUUUGGUGCAUCAUCCUCACCUGCAUUUGGAAGCACUACACCUGCAUUUGGAGCUUCUUCAACUCCUACUUUUGGCAGUUCCUCUUCAGCAUUUGGGGGUUCAUCUAUAUUCGGGCAAAAGCCAGCUUUUGGUGGCUUUGGGUCAGGCAGUGCCCAAACAAGUCCAUUCGGCAGCUCGUUUCAACAAUCACAGCCGGCAUCACAGCCGGCAUUUGGGAGUGGUCUAUUCGGUUUAUCUACACCUUUUGCUGCAUCAAGUCAACCUGCAUUUGGUACUCCGAGUACCCCGGCAUUUGGUUCAUCCAGCACCCCUGCUUUUGGUGCCACGAGUACACCAGCAUUUGGUACAUCAAGUACUCCAGCCUUUGGUUCUACACCUAACCCGACCUUUGGCCGUACAAGUAGCCCAUUUGGUGUUUCAAGUUCUCCUUUUGGAUCCAGCACCCCGGCCUUUGGUACCACCACUGCUCCUGCUUUUGGCGCCACGUCAACUCCUGCUUUUGGUGCUCCUAGUGCUCCUUCAUUUAGUUUUGGAUCCUCUCCUGCAUUUGGCCAAUCAACAUCGGCUUUUGGCAGUAGCCCAUUUGGCACAACAACAUCAACUUUUGGUGCUCAAAGCUCUGCAUUUGGAGCCCAAACUUCUCCAGCAACUUUUGGAAAUCCUGGUUUUGGACAGACUGCUGUUGGUGGUCAACGGGGUGGAACUAGAGUUGCUGCAUACCAGGCAACACCUGAAGGAGAUGGUGGCAGUGGUACCCAGCCUGGUGAGAAACUAGAGUCUAUUUCAGCCAUGCCAGUUUACAAAGACAAGAGCCAUGAAGAACUUAGGUGGGAGGAUUACCAGUUGGGAGACAAGGGAGGUCCUGCUCCUGCGGGUCAGUCAACUAGUGGAAUUAAUUUUAGAAGCUCAGCCUUUGCAUCAUCAUCAACUUCCCCAUUUGGCCAGUCCACUGCAAAUCCAUUUUCGUCCUCCACAUCUUCCAACCCUUUUGCCCCCAAACCAUCCACAUUCAGUUCUCCAGGUUUUGGAGUCUCAAGUACUCCAGCUUUUAAUUCUUCUGCCUUUCCAAGCUCAAAUGCAUCUAAUCCUUUUGGCUCUACAUCCUCGACUUCCCCUUCCUUAUUUGGAUCAACUCCAGCUUUUGCCCCAAGUACAAAUCCCACCCUCUUUGGAUCAUCUAGUGCUCCGGGUUUUGGAUCAUCAGCAUCAAUUUUUGGCUCCUCUUCAGCUCAGGCUACUGCUCCAGCAUUUGCUCCUAGCUUAAGCUUUGGUAACACCCAAUCCUCUUCGUUAUUCCAAUCAACUACCCCUUCAUUCGGACAGACGAGCUCGGCCUUUGGACAGACUGCAUCAUCUUUUCCCCAUAGUACACCGGCUUUUGUUCAAUCCAAUUUGUUCAGUACGCCUUCUACUGGCUUUGGUGGUAACUUGUUUUCAAGUGCACCAUUGCUAAAUCCAAGCAAUACGACGGGAUUUGGCCGAACAACGCCCUCUCUUUCGACUCCUUUUCAAUUCACUCAGCCUUCUCAGAGUACUCCUGCUUUUGGGUUCAGUAACUUUGGUUCGACACAAGGAGCUGGUGCAAGUGGUUUUGGUGGCACACCUGGCCAUUUUAGAUGAUCCUGAAUAUUGUCGGAUUUCUAACUAUUAUAUGCUUGCAAUUAUUAUUGUCCUAUCUUUAUGGAGUCUGAUGAUGCACUUUCAGUUGUUGUUUUCGAAAAAUGUUGUAUAAAUAUAAUGUAUUUUGUGUAUCUAAUAA